UUUCCGGCGCGACUUUUCAUGCUAUGCAUGUAGGAACAACACCGCUUUCACCCAACUUGUUUCCGAUGAAUCUCCAUCGACUUCGGGUCGCUGUCGCUCAAGGACACGUCCCUCGAAUAUACGAGUAUCUGAAGCUUGUACUAUCGCCUGUAAACCAACCACCCCCCUCGUUUCUCAAACACGAUCUCAAACACAUUACCCAACUGGUUACGAAACGCAUCGGAUCACCACAGGCCACUGAGGACCAUAGUAUCCAGGAUAUCGUUAUUCUCCUCGCGUCCCUGGAAAUAUAUCAUCCUCUGGCGUCUUAUAUGCUUCUGCUGAUAAAAAGCGGUUGUCCCGAACGUGUCCUUCGAGUGUGGGAGCUGGCGCAAGGUCUCCCCCACACAGCAAAAAAUGGUUCUAUCCAUCUCCCUGAGCAAAAAUAUAUCUCGGACGCCCUGGGAUAUGUGACAUCAGCUGCAUAUUUGGUCGAUGGCCGACGAUCGGUGCUGACCAACGCAGUUACCUAUCCCUCACAUCUCAAUACUCGCUCCAUUAAUGCUUUCCUUCGUGCAAUGAAUCUGGCCCGGGGUUUGGAGGCCAAUACGCUGGCCUCACUUGUUUCUCAUAUGAAAAUGGCAAAGCUGCUUGCGCAUCCAUCCAAAGCUGCCCAGCAUUUGAAGCACUUGAUUCGAAGCGCGAACCUGUCUGCCUCCAUCAAAGGAAUGCGCGGGGAAGACCCAUGGAUCGCGCCCUCUGGUGUUACGCCAUUUUCAGAUGAUCCUCGAUACCUUGUGUCGUUCACUGAAUCCCUUUGGAGCAUUCUGCUGUCCGGCUUGGCGAGGCUGGGGUCGAUGGAUACAGCGCGUCUCGCCUGGAAUGCAAUGACAGAACUUGGCGUAGAAAAGACUGUUAUUUCAUGGAAUGCGCUCUUAGAUGCAUUCGGACACCACAGACUGAAUGAUGAGCUCGUGAUGAUUUGGAGAUCCAUGGAUCAAGCGAAUAUCCGCAAAGAUUUCUUCUCAUACACUACCAUGAUAUCAUCCUUGUUCCAAUUACGUCGAUCCGAUGACGCGAUGGCUGUGUUUGAGGAGAUGACAAUGCUUAUCGAAAACCCGAAGGCCGCCACUGAAGACGAUAGUGUUUCCACUUUUCCCGGACUCGAUCUUCACGAGGAAUCGAUAGAAUCAGCAGGGGACAUAUUGCGACACUCCGGCGUGCGAGGAUCCGCUACAUUUGCAUGCAAUGCCGUCGUACAUGGUUGCCUGAAGUCAUCGCGAUUAGACGACGCCGAGAGGGUCUUGGCGACCAUGAAGUCGCGUGGUCCCAAACCAGACAUAUCCACUUACAACACAUUUCUUCGUUACUACGUUCGACACCAUGACUACUCUGGAAUUGCGGCGACCCUCCGUGAAAUUUCACUUAAUGGAUUGCACCCAGAUGUCUUUACCUUCACCUCCAUUGUUCACGCUUACCUCCGCCGUGGCAGGGACGGCACAAUUGAGCAGCUUGAGAACCUCAUGAAGAGAACAGGUGUCAAGCCCAAUGCUGUUACGUACACAGCAAUCAUCGAUAGUGUUGUCAGACAGGGCGGAGAAGCGAACAUUGAAAUGAGCUUAGCUCUUGUUCAAAAAAUGGUUGAGCAGGGACUUUCACCAAACGAAAUCACUUAUACAUCAAUACUCGCAGCAUUAUACAGAGAUUCGUCAUUAGGCACCAAAUUCGUUGCGAGUAAAAGAGACGAUAUCGAGAUGCAAAUGCGCAACGCCGGGAUCCCAGCAAACCGCGUCACAUUCCAUGUCCUCAUCUCCGCCCAACUCGAGACUCCAGGGGUGAUUGGGAUGUCAAACGCACUCCAGAAAUAUCAGGAAAUGGUUGAAGCUGGUAUCAAGCCUCGGGACGACACGUUUUACUUGUUGUUGCGGGGUGCCAUAAUGCGACGGGAUGUAGAAAGCGGUGCGAAGAUUAUCUGUGAGAUGGACAGAAUUGGCUUUGUCCCUCAAGGUGCUGUAGCGCGGAUCGAAGUGAUGGUUGCCCGAAGAAAAAAGACGAUGUUAGGCCAUAUUUAG